AUGGAGGAAGCACAGAGGGUUAUUUCGAAAGAGAAAUCCCUUGUGUCCUCUAAGGGGGCCUACGAGGCUUGGACAGUUCUCCUUCCUUGGACAUUCUGUUCAUCCGACCACCACUCUUCCUCGUUAACUCACAGAUGGAAUAUCACAACAAAAACCUUAUGCCGGCUCCUUACUACAUUACUACUUGAACCUUACCUACCCGAGACACAACCAGACUUGCGUAGGAACAUCGACUGGUCGGGGCUAAUCCACCGCCAAGUGUGUGACAGGCCAUGUUUAUCACCG